AUGUACAGCUUCAGACACUUGAGAUAGGAUUCAGGCUCUGAUCUUUAGCUAUGUCCGAUCGCAACCAAAACUUUACUUGCAGUACAUGUCGUCGACAAUGGCUGUUUUCAUCUUUCGGUACGAACAGGCAGGGCAAUCGACUUAGGACAUGUGGUCAAUGUCGUUCCCGUUUAUCAGCCAGAUAUCAUGAGCGCCACCGCCGCAACUCUACCAUUGAGGUGGCUCCUACCCCCCACCAAAUCACUGUACCGGCUUCCGUCAAUACUGUUCUAGGUGGCCACUGCAGUCCAUAUAUCCCCACCAAUGCCACAGCUAUUCACUGUGCUGAGGCCAUUAAUCUUCCAUUAGGGAGGACAUUUCGGUGGAUUACAGCCACAGGGAGAUCAAUUCGUUUUGCUGUCUCAAGUCUCUCAAUUCCAUGCCCGCAGUGUCAGGCAUUGCAUUUUUUGGAGGAGCGACUUACCUCAUCCUCGGCUGCAUCUCCCAGGUUUUCAGCAUGCUGUCUUGACGGAAAGAUUUCUCUCCCUGCCUUUGCUACUCCGUCAGUAACUUGGCAGGGAUUUUUCAAUCGAGAGCAUGCCCAAUCUGCCACCUUCCUGAAGAAUAUCCAUGAAUACAAUAACACAUUUUCCUUCCUAUCUCUUGGUGUUUCAUUCGAUCUGAAUGUUAUGCAACGGCCAGGCCCUUAUGUAUUCCGCAUUCAGAGUCAGCUUGCUCCUUUAAUGGGGUCACUUACUACUAGUAAGUCUCCUCGCUAUGCUCAAAUUUACAUGCUUGGGACCCCUGAGGCCCAAGUGCAGGCCCGGCUUCGCAGUACUUCUUUAAGCCCGGAGGUUAUUGGGGAGCUUCAAGAGGAGCUUCUUACUGUCAACCCCUAUGCACGGCAGUGGCAGUUUACGUUUGAGCAUCUUCAUGAUAUCCCUCAUGCUGGAUACCUGGCCAUCCGUCUUCAACAAAGUACCCAGGACCCUCGGCGAUACAACCUACCCACCUCUCCGAAUGAGGUAGCAGCGGUUAUUUUGCGUGAGGAUGAGGAGGAAUUUACUCGUGGUCGUGAGUUUAUUGCUCAAGGACGUACUGGAGGUCAGCUUUCAAGGUUUGAUGAGAUGCAUCCUGCAAAUAUGCCUCUUCGAUUUGUUUUGUUCUUUCCAGCGGGGGAUCAAGGAUGGCAUCCAUCGAUUCCUCGCACUAUGAUAACCAGAUCUCAAGAGCGCGUUACGCAAAAGGAAUUCUAUACCUACCAUCUCUUUACAUGAUGUAAUUCUUUUAACAUUAUUCAUCGAGGGGCUUCUCUUUUUCAUGAAUGGAUUGUGGACUCUUGGGUUCAAACUGAG